AUGGGCCGUGACGACAAACACAUCUACGAAGUCCGAGGUGAAUCACCAGCAGACGACCCCGAACGCCAAUUCCAAGGGAAAUACAUCAACGCUACCGAAGAUGCCACUGCCGUUCUUCCAGACUCCGCAGACGAUUCCCCAUACCCGGAAGUCAGAGCCGUGGUCCCACCGACCGAUGACCCGACCCUCCCCGUCAACACCUUUCGCGCUUGGUUCCUCGGAAUCAUCGCCGUUGUCAUCGGAGCAGGCGUGAACCAGUUCUUCUCGAUGCGAUACCCCUCCGUCACCAUAACCUCCCUCGUCGUCCAACUCCUCGCAUACCCACUCGGGAACGCACUCGCCCACAUCCUCCCACUCGUCACAUUCGAUCUCGGACCGAACCUCGGCGGCCGCUGGACCCUCAACCCAGACCGAAAGUUCAAUAUCAAGGAGCAUACGUUGGUGACGAUCAUGUCAAACAUCUCCUACACGGCCGCGUGGGCAACAGACAUCAUUCAGGCACAAGUCGCCUUUUAUAACCAACCUGCGCCGUAUGGGUAUCAGAUCUUGCUCGUGCUUACUUGUCAGCUGUUUGGGUUGGGUGUCGCGGGGUUGGUCAGUGAUGUGCUGGUCAAGCCGGCGUCGAUGGUGUGGCCGUCGACGUUGGCGAAUGUCGCCUUGUUCCAGACGUUACACGAUCGCUCCAACACAAUCGCGAAUGGGUGGCGGAUUACGAGGUUCAAGUACUUUCUCAUCGUAUUCGCCGCGUCCUUUGUAUGGUACUGGUUCCCCGGGUACUUGUUUACCGCGCUUUCGUACUUUACCUGGAUUUGCUGGGCCGCCCCCAACAAUGUCGUCGUCAACCAGCUCUUUGGACAGGUUCAGGGAUUGGGUUUUUUCCCGGUCACGUUCGACUGGAGUCAAAUCGCAUACAACCUGAGUCCGAUCCUCUACCCAUUCAACGCACAAGUCAACACGAUCCUCGGGUGGUUCAUCUUCUUCGCCGUCCUCCCCCCGAUCCUCUACUACACAAACACCUUCCAAUCCGCAUACCUCCCCAUGUCCAGCGCGACGGUGUACGACAACACCGGAGCCGAAUACGACGCGACGAGGAUCAUGCGCAACGGCGCCUUCGCACAAGAUUUGUACGAAGCGUAUUCACCGCCGUUUUUGCCUGUGACGUACGCGAUCGCGUAUUCGACCGGGUUUGCGGUCUUGGCUGCGGCUCCCGUGUACGUGUAUCUGAAUUACGGGUCGUUGAUUUGGGGUGCGCUCAGGGGACGGGGGGGACUCGACGUUCAUGCGAGGUUGAUGGAGCGGUAUCGGAGCGUGCCGAAGUGGUGGUAUGCGGUUAUCCUCCUCGCCGUGUAUGGAGCGACGAUUGGCACGAUGGAGGGGUAUUCGAUCGGGUGGCCCGUGUGGGCGAUUACGUUGGCGUUGGGCAUGGUCGUGUUUUUCGUGUUGCCGAUUGGUGUCGUGUAUGCCAUCACGAAUCAAAACACGAAUCAGAUGACGGUGUUGGGACAGAUUAUCAGUGGGUACAGCUUGCCGGGCAGACCGAUCGUGGCACUCACGUUCAAGUUUUAUGCCUAUACGGGGAUCUCGCAGGCCAUCUCUUUCUCACAGGAUAUGAAGUUGGGGAUGUACAUGAAGUUACCCAAGAUUACGGUGUUUUGGGCGCAGUUGGUUGCGUGUGUUGUUGGUGCCCUCGUGCAAGUCGGGAUUCUGAUUUUCAUGUUGGAAAAUGUGGAGGGCAUCUGUACGCUGGAUCAAGCGGACGGUUUCACUUGUCCCCAGGGUCGGACGAAUUAUGCGGCAUCGGUUAUUUGGGGUGCGGUGGGUCCGCAGAGGCUGUAUUCGCCUGGCAAGAUUUACUCGGGGUUGAUGCAUAUGUUUUGGAUUGGUGCUCUCGCUCCCCUCAUCACAUGGCUACUCUUGAAGAAGUUUCCGACGAACAGGAUCCUGAAGAACCUGAACUGGGUGGUCAUAUUCGGCGGCACGGGAAACUACCCGCCCGCAACCGGGGUAAACUAUACCUCCUGGUUCGUCGUCGGUGCAUUCUUCAACUAUUAUCUCAAACGCCGACGCUCCGCUUGGUGGCAAAAGUAUGCGUAUGUCACGAGUGCUGCGUUAGAUGCCGGGUUAGCGAUCGCGGGGAUUGUCAUCUUUUUCGCGUUGGGGUAUUCGGGGGUUGGGGGGUUGGAGUGGUGGGGGAAUAGCGUGUGGCAGGAGACGGCGGAUGCGAGGGGGACGGCAUGGUUGAGGAUGCCGGAGAAGGGGUAUUUUGGGCCGGAUACGUGGAAGUAG